AUCCACUGCUCGUCGCUGACACGCAUUGAUCUAGACGCGCCGUCGUCUGCCAUCAUCUGAGCGAUCUGCAGGUCGUGAAUCCGUCUAACACUAUUACCACAGAAGUGGAUAACAAAAGAGAAAGGGCACAAAAAAUUUAAUCAAACGAGAAAAAAAAAAGGAAAAAAGAAAAAGAAAAAAAUUAUUACAGAGAAGAAAAAAAAAAAAAAAAAACCGCCCCCCUGGGCUGAGUCACUCGACAAAAGCAGUAGUGGUGGCUGCUGUCGUCGACUAAGAAUAACCCGGAGCCUGUUGGAUCACCACGUUUCACGUCAUCCACCGGAUCUUUCCCAACCCCUCCCUUCCCCUAGGGACCCAACCCGGGCCUUGGCUUUCUCUGGCUCUCUCAUGGGAAAAAAAGUCAUGUCUGGUAAAGUUCCUCACGCCGCCUUCUGUGAAGAAUACGACGAAGACGCAAACGAAAUCUUACCCGACACCCGUCUCGUCGCCAACAUCAAACCCCAAAAGACGACUGACUUGAGAUCUGCCGCUGAGCCCCUGCCCAUUGACGGUGCAAGUGAUUCUGGUUAUUCCAGUCGUACCGCCGCCACCGUCAACAGCACCCAAUCUGCGCCGUCGGGCCGGAAGAGCCCUGUCCCUCUUAAGUUGGACACUGCCGCCCUCAAGAGAGCCGACCUUGAGAGGGUUCGAUCCAGUCGCAAAGAACAACGAGUAAAGGACCGCACCGCACGUCAAGUGCGUGAGCGUGAGGAAAAGAUGCAGGUCGGUUCCUACCCCAGUGGUGGCCAUCACCCUUCCAUGCAACGCUCGCCGUCGAGACGUGGACGAGAGAGUUCCCAUGUUCGUCACUAUCCUGGCACCUGUUGGGAGUGUGAACAAGGCCUCUACCACACCUCAUCGACACCUGUUGAACCUCGUGCCAUCGAAUAUCCCUACUAUGGUUCGCAGUCGGGCCCCGUUCACGACUACCCACCGCCGCCGCCGUCGCCCAGACAAGCCCCGCGAUACCCUCCCUCCGUCGUGCACGAUGUCCAUGUGUCCCACAGCAGCCGUCCUCAUGCCCGGGCCAAUCGCACCAACACCUACCAUGCCAGCGGCAACAACCGUCCACUCAGCUACCACGGUAUGAUGCCCGGUAUGGGAGGGAUGAUGUACAACCCAUCUCCCAUGAGUCGGUACGAGCACGGCCCGCCGCUGUCCUCGUCUGCGUACGCCAACCAGUCCUAUGGUCCCGCUCCCUACCCCCCGCAGUCGCCCUACUACGCCAUGUCGGACUACAUGCCUCCCAGUGAGCACCACCAGGAACGGUCGGCCUCUCGACCCCGAGAGCAACCACGGGGGCGGCGGUCCUCUGUCUAUGGACCGCCCGUGGUUGACUACGAUCCUCCCACGCCGACCUAUGAGGAUGGGGAACCACUGGACCACGUGACGUCUCGCGACUCUCGACAGCGGAUGCCCUCGAACUCGUCCUAUGAUCGGGAAGAGGACUACUAUCGCAUGCCCCCGCCGCCGUUGAAGCAAAAGUCGACCCCGCACAUCAUCCAGAAGAAACGGCCAGACGGACCCAGGAAAUCGGCAACCACCAACUCCAUCACCUCGGAACGACGCCAGUCCAAGUCCUCGUUUGACAUGUCCGAAAUCGAUGCCGCUCUUCCAGACGAAGGAUACCGACGAUCCUCGCGGGAAACGAUCAUUCCCGAGCGAAGCCGCAGCCUGCGAGACUCACGACGCCCCGCCGCUUCGGCUUAUCGUGAGUCUUCACGGCCAUCGCGGAUCGCUAUCGAGGGCCCUCGUCGCCGUCGUCAGACGAUCUACGAUCUGGAAGGUGAAGAGAUUGAGGAGAAGUCACGCGAGGCCGAGGAGUACCAGGCUUCCCGGUCGGCCAAGGCAGUGCCGGUCCCCUUGACCGCGGAUGCCUUGUACAAGGCCAAGACCUCCCAGCGGGCCGAGAGUGACAGCGGAAGCCAGAAGAGUCGAUCGAACAGCAGCCGUGGUAGCGAUGCUCGCACCCAGAACGGAAGCGGCGUGGGAUCCAAGCCGGAGGACGAUAGCAACAUUGUCAUGACCAUGAAUGGUGUCACCAUGAGCUUCACCCAGGAAUCUGUCGGUGGGAAGAAGAUCAGCGUUCGGACUGGCGAUACUGGCGCAGUUGAGUUGAACAUCGAGGGCAAGAAGCCUCAAAAGUAUCUAACAGCACGCUCUGAUUACACUGGUGGCAGUGCACGCAGAGAGCUGGAAGAUAUUAGGCGAGUCCGAGAUGAUCGACGAUCUGAGCGUGCCAGUCGCCGGUCUAGCCGAUCCACCUACAGCAACCGAUUUCUGGAGUAAAGCCUUAUGUCAUGAUGGUUCAUUCUCCUCUAGAUUUGGUUCUCCCAUUUGUUUCCAUUCUUCGUGCUUGUUCCCU